AUGCUUGAUACAGAAAACAAACGUCUUGCAGAUAAUCUUUCUACAAAAGUAACACGGCUCAAAUCUCUUGCAUUGGAUAUUGACAGAGAAGCUGAUGACCAUAACACGUAUUUGGAUGGAAUGGAUUCAGACUUCAUGAGUGUGACUGGACUUUUGAGUGGCAGUGUCAAGCGGUUCACAGGAAUGGCUCGUUCUGGAAGAGAUAAUCGCAAGCUCUUGUGUUAUGUUUCGGCUGGUCUUGUAGGAUUGUUCUUCUUGCUGUACUUUCUAGUGUCCCGAGCCAGCACGUGA